GGGGAGACCCGGAUCGUACUCGGCAGCUGGAACCGGACCCGGGGCGGGGGACACGCGGCUGUGGGGACCCUCGACGGCCGCGGGGGAGCGGACACGGGUCGGUCGGGGUCCCCGGGGAACGGGGCGAACCCUCUGGCCGGCUUCGCGGGGCUCCAGAUCUGACCCUGCGAGAUACUCUGCCCUCGGCCACGAUGACUAGCCUACCGGCUACACCUUCUCCUGGAGAACUGAUGACCACACCAGUUCUUCAGGUCCAGGAGACCCUGUCCCCACAAGCUGAAGAGGCCAGCACAGCACUCAUUGCAGUCGUUAUCACUGUGGUGUUCCUCACCCUGCUCUCCGUGGUGACCUUGAUCUUCUUUUACCUGUACAAGAACAAAGGCAGCUACGUCACUUACGAGCCUGCAGAAGGCGAGCCCAGCACUACCCUCCAGAUGGAGAGUGACUCAGCCAAGGGCAGAGAGAAGGAAGAGUACUUCAUCUAACGAUCCCCAGAUUGGAGGGGCCAAUUCUUGGCUCCAGUCCUAACACACUGACUCUGUAAUUAGGGAACAUUUGCUGAAGCCAGUGAGUGGCACUGAGUGAGAUGGCAAAUCCACUCACAUCCUAGGACACAGUCCCCAAUACCAGCUUCAGCGACUCCAGGGUCCAGGGACACAGAGAAAGCUGCUUAUGACACCUGUAGCCCGGCCUUGGUAAGGAUAGUGCUCACACCUGGCCAACAACAUGGGGCCGUGCCUGAGUUGGAAGAGGGAGAUGGUGGAGGGAGGUCACAGGCUGGUCCACUUUGUCCCCUCCCUAGUUGCCUAGUGAUAGCCCCAGUGUGACUUCCUAGAGGCUAGAUACCACAGGAAGAGAAUAGGCUUCUCAAUGUUACAUCCUUUGAUCUGAGUCCUACUAUUUCCCCCAACAGCCUCAAACUUGCGUUUUUUAUUCAGAUUAAAUUUAUGAAAGUCCGAUUUUCAUUUACAAGAACUAAA